AGCAUAAUCCAUCCCCACAAAAAGGUGAACAACAAAAAUUUAGUAUAAGCAAAAAUGUGAAGCGGUCAAUAAUGACCCAUCUCACAAUUAGAUCGAGCUUUUGUAAAAAAUUUGUACGAGCAUUAUAUGGAUUAAAAUAUUUACAUAUCGAGCAACGAGCAAAACUACAAAAGCAUAAUGAAAAUAUUGGAAUGGUCAAUAAUGACCCCAUCCCAAUUAAAACGAGCAUUACGAGAAAAAACUACAAAAGCACAAUGAAAAUAUUGGAAUGGUCAAUCGAGCAUUACAAGCAAAAACCACAAAAGCACAAUAAAAAUAUUGGAACGGUCAAUAAUGACCCUAUCCCAAUUAGAUCGAGCAUUAUGAGCAAAAACUACAAAAGCACAAUAAAAAUAUUGGAAUGGUCAAUAAUGACUCCAUCCCAAUUAAAUCGAGCAUUACGAGCAAAAACCACAAAAGCACAAUAA